UGAGAUAACACAAAACUAACCGUCUAUGUGAAAUUAACACAAUGGAGAAUAUAAAAAAAGUUUCGUGCGUUCAGUACAUAACAGAAGCGGACAUCAAAUUGAUUGUUACCAAAUAUGGGUAUGCAAGCACUGCCAUUGAAAAAUACGACGUACACUAUGCAAGUGACAAAAUGAUUGGAUUUGUGGCGGACUAUUUGAAAUUACAAAUAUCUGUAACUUCAAACGAUACACGAAAAUUGUUGAGUUUCUUCGUUAAAGCAAUAUCUAAGACAAAUGAGGCUAAAGCGAACAUGGCUAAGGAUUUUGGGGCCCUUGAAAAGGAAAUAUUAUUUUAUGAUGUUAUUAAAAGGAAUUUAGCAGUACCAGGUUUGAAACCUUGGAGUCCACACUUUGUAACAUGUCUGCAAGACGCUGUAGUUUUCGAAGAUUUAUCGGCUCUACAAUACGAGAUGAGAAGUAGAUAUGAAAAAUUUGAUAAACAGCAUACCUUACAAGCACUUCAAGCACUGGCCAGAUUCCACGCCGGCUCCAUCGUCUUCGAGGAAGCAAAAAGUAAAGAAUUUCAGCGACCUUAUACAGUCAAUGAACAAUAUAAGGAAACUUUAGGAAGAGGUGGAUACAUAGAAACCGAUCCUUGGUUCAUUCAAUGCAGAACUGCUGCCUUAGAAUCCGUAAAAGCCUUUUCAAAGUAUAGAUUUAAUGUAGAUUACAUGAAAGUCAUUGAAAACCGCUGGAGUAUCGUUUUUAACUCCGCUUUAUCUUUAGCAGAUCCCUCUUCAGAGCAUCGUAACGUUAUAUGUCAUAGAGAUUUGUGGAACAAUAACAUUUUAUUUCAUUACGAGAGAUUAGAGGAUAACAGUGCUAUGCCUGAUGAUUGCGUAUUUGUGGACUUUGUGGCAGCGCGCUGUAUGCCCCCUGCAGGGGACGUCAUGCAACUACUUCACUGCAAUCUGAAUCCUCGCUUCCGGAAAGACAAUCUUCAUACUUUCUUGAACUACUACUACGAUGAACUCAAAGUUAUACUGGAGAGCAAUAAUAUUGAUAUCCUAAAUAUUAUGAGCAGACACAAAUUUAUGACUUCAGCAAAAGAGCAAAAUCUAUGGGGUGUUGUAACUCACGCUUGUUUAGUGCAAAUUUUUUGGAUGAAUGACGAUAUAACGACAAACGCUUUUGCGGAGUCCGCACAAUUUCAUAAAGUAAUGUACCAAGACAAAGCGACUUAUAUUAAAAAUAUAAUGCAAAAGGACGAGGAUUACAAGAAGAUUCUCAUGGAAGUAUUUGAAGAGUUUAUUGAAGAUUAUCUUCUAAAUGAAGAUUAACUUAUAAUAAUGACAAAUCACUAUUAUGCUACUACAGUAACUACACAGGUAUAUUAUAAAAAUAAAAUAUUAUAGGACAUUCUUACACAGAUUGACUAAGUCCCACGGUAGGCCCAAGGAAGCUAAGGA